AUGUCCCAAAUCACUGACGAAGAGGUUGUCUUUAGCUCACAAUACCUUGCUACAUUAGAGCAUAAUAGUAAUUGCCAUACAAUGGCCAACAUAAACCAGGAGAUAAAUGAUACUGAUCUUGUUGAGGAGAUCCAACUCUCACAAGAUAGUGAAGACUCUGAAGGAGAGAAAAGCAUUACAAAUUAUGAAAGAGUUUAUGAAGAAAUGG